AAUCCUUAUCUUAGUUUCAAUAGGCGCAUCAUUGGACGUGGUUUUUAGAGCUAACAUUCUGUUACUUUAAAUAUUAUUAUAUAAUAAUUAAUAAAACAAGUGCUUUCAAAAGUAUUAUACAAAUUUCCUAACAAUUGUGAAGCUAAAAAUAAUAUAUGUUUGAUGAUUACUAAAUGAUCAUCUUGUUAUAAACGUACUUUGCUGUAUGUCAAUAUGUUUACUUGUCGACUAUGUUAAAAAAUAUGCAUAAUGGUGUGUAACUGAGCGUAUUUUAGUAAAAGAAAGAUUAAUAUAUAAAAUCUUUAUAAAUAUGAAGCUGAUAAUGGAAAUUUUACGACUGUUUUUAAGAAAGCAAUCGUCAGGAGAAACUUUUAGAGCAUGGAUCUUAUCCGCACUAAUGGUACAUGGAGCAGUAGCAGGAAAUCCAGACGCCAAGCGGCUCUAUGAUGACCUAUUGAGUAAUUAUAAUAAAUUGGUUCGACCUGUAGUCAAUACUACGGACGUCCUUAAAGUUUGCAUAAAGUUAAAACUUUCUCAGCUCAUUGAUGUGAAUUUAAAAAAUCAAAUAAUGACGACUAAUCUUUGGGUGGAACAGUCAUGGUAUGACUACAAGCUGCGAUGGGAACCAAAGGAAUAUGGUGGAGUCCACAUGCUGCACGUUCCUUCUGAUCAUAUUUGGAGACCAGAUAUAGUUCUUUACAACAAUGCUGAUGGUAACUUCGAAGUGACUCUUGCAACAAAAGCCACAAUUUACUCUGAAGGAUUAGUUGAAUGGAAGCCUCCUGCAAUAUACAAAUCAUCAUGUGAAAUAGAUGUAGAAUAUUUCCCAUUUGACGAACAAACCUGUGUUCUUAAAUUUGGCAGUUGGACUUAUGAUGGGUUUAAGGUUGACCUUAGACAUAUGGAUGAACAACAAGGCAGUAACGUAGUUGACGUUGGUGUGGAUUUGUCAGAGUUUUACAUGUCUGUUGAAUGGGAUAUAUUAGAAGUACCAGCAGUAAGAAAUGAAAAGUUUUAUACUUGUUGUGAUGAACCCUAUCUCGAUAUUACCUUUAAUAUUACAAUGAGGAGAAAAACUCUUUUUUAUACGGUUAAUAUUAUUAUACCCUGCAUGGGUAUAUCCUUUCUGACGGUGCUGACUUUUUAUUUGCCAUCCGACAGUGGAGAAAAGGUCACAUUGUCUAUCUCAAUUUUGAUUAGUCUCCAUGUGUUCUUCUUACUGGUGGUGGAAAUAAUCCCUCCUACUUCACUAGUGGUACCUUUAUUAGGAAAGUACCUUAUAUUUGCGAUGAUACUUGUAUCCAUAAGUAUUUGCGUCACAGUCGUUGUAUUGAACGUGCAUUUUCGUUCCCCCCAAACUCAUAGAAUGGCGCCUUGGGUAAAGCACGUGUUCAUCGACCUUUUACCACCGUUCUUAUUUAUUAAAAGACCAACAUAUAACUUUGAAACAGGUAAAAUGCUUUUAAAGGAUACACAUGCAUGCUUUUAUCCCUAUUAUUCCGCGACGAACAUUGAUCGACUCGUGAUAUCGGGAUACAGCCAGUCUAAGGAACAAUUAUCUCAGAGUCUAACUGCUAAUGGACCUUUUGGUGGAAGCUGUCAAGUGCAUGGAUCUCUUCCACCGCUAACUCAUUGUAGCUCUGAUGAAAUAGGUUCACCUGACAUCGAUAUUAUGUCUUCUGGAAUCAAAAGUCCGAUGUUGACCAAUCCUGCAUUUUCUCAUUCGAAGUGUCCACCCAAAAUUCAUAAAAGUUGUUUUUGUGUGCGUUUCAUAGCUGAACACACCAAAAUGCAAGAGGAUUCAACGAAAGUAAAGGAGGAUUGGAAGUACGUGGCAAUGGUUUUGGACAGACUUUUUCUGUGGAUAUUUACAUUGGCCGUUCUCGCUGGAACAGCAGGAAUUAUUUUGCAAGCGCCUACAUUGUACGAUGACCGCAUUCCAAUUAUUGAACAAAAAGCUUUGGAUUUUUCUGGAACAACGGCUGGGCGCUGCAGGCCACCACAAUAACAUGAAAAUUUACGAAUUCUAAAAUGAAAAUUUGGAUUGUAAUGAGUUAUUUUUAUUUUUUAUUUAGAUUGUUCUUCAGAGGAAACCAACAUACAAACUCACAAACGGAUGGACAAACUCAAAAACAUUUUUUCAGCUAAGAAAAAGAAGAAAAGGAGGAGGUGUCAAUUGACGCGUAUUGUAAAUUAGAAUGUUGUUGAAGAAAAGUAUUUUAUUGGGAGAUUCCAAUGCCCGCAAAUUUCUCUCAAACUUGUACACUUUUUUGAAAAAAAAUUGACUUAUUCAAGCAAUACCUUUCGAUUGGAAUAUCAUUAAUUCAGAUCAAACGUAAAUAGAACAUGUUUAAUUCUUCGACUUGCUUGCUUCACCGCGGACUGCCGUUCAAAUACAAAAUGGUCAAUUUAAAAAAUGUUUUUUUUUUGUUUUAUGUUAGGAAAUUUUUUUUUUCUGUGUGUUAUCUAGAUGUCCUAUAUAGACACAUAGCUUAAUGUGUCUUCGUAUUUGCGAACUUUUUGAAUUUCUGAACUCAGUGCAGUUUUUAAUGGUCGUUUUUAUACCCCGUACUCGUAGAGUACAAGGAUAUAUUGCAGUCGUGUGAAUGUAUGUAAAAAAGACAAAAAAUCAUCUUCGAUUUUAUAAUGUAUAUAUGUAUAUUCUUGAUCAGCAUCAACAGCCGAGUCGAUACGUCUGUUCGUAUGAACGCUUGGAUCUCAGAGACUAUAAGAGACAGAGGUAUAGAAUUCGGCAUGGAGACUCCUAAAUUGCUCUCGCAGUUCAAGCUUGUUUCAAAUGUUUGCCACGACCCCUCCGGCUCCCACGAAUUAUGCAUUUCGGUAGCGC